GAGAAAGUUAUCAUUGACCAGAGAAAGUUAUCAUUGACCAGAGAAAGUUAUCAUUGACCAGAGAAAGUUAUCAUUGACCAGAGAAAGUUAUCAUUGACAAGAGGAAACUUUCAUUAAAAUAGAAAGUUAUCACAGUGGAACAAGAGAAAGUUUUAUCACAGUGGAACAAGAGAAAGUUUUAUCACAGUGGAACAAGAGAAAGUUUUAUCACAGUGGAACAAGAGAAAGUAUUGUACUUGCAACAGUCGUUGUUGGAACAAACUUAACAGAUCCUAGAAGGUAGCUUCUCUCUGGACGAGUCUCAGCAACCUUGCAUGAUGGACAGAGUUGCAGAUACCUCCAUCAACGGCACUGUAGGUGGCACUGUAGGUGGCACUGCAGGUGGCAAUGCAGGUGGCACUGCAGGUGGUACCAGGGUAUUUGGUCACGCCAAGGAACUGUGUGUCAACAAGAUGGGUCACACAAUGGUACCUCCGUCCACUGGCGGAAACAUCAAAUUCCUUGAACUGUUUUGGUCUAACUGUCUACAAACUGUCACCUACUGUGCUGUUUUCUGGUCAUUUGGCAUGUGUGUGGCCUUCCUGGGGCCUACCCUGCUAGACCUAGCCUGCAGAAUGGACUCAGUCUUGAGUACUAUGUCUUGGAUAUUCUUCACUCAGUCGCUCUUCACUCUAAUUGGCUCAGCGUGUGGAGGGUUCCUGAUCCAAAGAUCUCCUGGUACAGGCUGGGUAUGGAGGGUAUGUAUCUCCUGGGUACUAUAUAACAUGCUGUAUCUCCUGGUACAGGCUGGGUAUGGAGGGUAUGUGUUCUCCUACGCACGGAGGAGCAUCGCUGGUAUGACCAUGAAUGAGGCGGCCUACCUCAAUGCUUGCUUCUGGGGUACCUUCGCUUUUGGUAGGCUGAUGUCUAUAGGCCUUGCUACCAGGCUGGCCCCGGCCUUCAUGUUGUUAUGUAAUAUUGAGUUCGUAUCUAUUGGACCGGCCAGCGUGUUGAUAUCAGGCGUCGUAAUGACCCUAAUUAGCUUCGUGGUGUACCUAAUGCUGUACCUAGUUGCCCAGACCAUCACACGACAGUCCUCUGAGCAGAGCAUGCUGAGAAGACUGAGGAGUCUGCUGCUUCCUCAGCAGACUGAAGCAGGAGACGACACAGGUCUGCUGAAGCAUCACGUGAAAUAUUAUACAAGGAUGAGAAGUAAUCUCUCUCAGUCUUCACUGGGAGAAGAUGCUGAGGACACACCCACUCAGCACCAAGACAGUUCUCCAGUGCUGCUGUAACUGCUUAACUCAGUACCUGUCGUGUGUGGCAAUGAGACCUUGUUUGUUGAGAACUUCCUGCCAGGCUGAAGUUUGAAGUCAGAAGUUUGAAGUUUGAAGUUUGAAGUCUGAAGUCUGAAGUUUGAAGUUUGAAGUCAAAGUCUGAAGUCUGAAGUCAGAAGUCAGAAGUCAGAAGUCAGAAGUCAGAAGUCAGAAGUCAGAAGUCAGAAGUCAGAAGUCAGAAGUCAGAAGUUUGAAGUCUGAAGCCUGGAAAAUAAUCAAGUGUCUCUUAUACCCCUAGCUUAUUUUGCAUCAUACUAGUGUAUAUAUAUUUGAUCAAACUACAUAUAUGUACUUUCAAUAAUAUCUUCAUGAUAGAUAGACAAAUAGACAUUACUGAGUUUAGAGCAUGAUGAAAAUAACAGUUUUAUUCAGGACAUAUUAGCGAUAGAAUUAUGUUUAAGUUAGGUAGGAUGUAUGUGAUAAAAUACAGAAUCUGCCAAUCAGAGCUCAGCCCACUGAUGUAAACAUUGGAGUGACCAAUCAGAUCAUCGCUCACUGAUGUAAACAGUUCCAGUAACAUUAUCUCCCGCGGAAUGUCUGCCAACAUGAAUCUCACGCAGUCUUCGUCAUCUUUAUUAUGAUUUUAUUACCUCGUAAUUCGUUAAUUUUAGCAGACGAGGCCAACGAUCAUUACUACUAAGUAAUGUAGGCGUGAGUACUAAUGUUCCUUAGUUACUUAAUAGCUCAGGUUUCGUUAAUUAAGGUUGAAUUACACUGCACAAACCUUUCAUACACACCAGCAAUUAUUUUCUGACAUAACUCGAUGUAGCUCCUAAACUCAGUAUUAUAAGUACGCACACACGGGGCCAAGAGCUGUGACUCGACCCCUGCAACCACAGUUAGGUGACCACACUACAUCUGUGAUUUGUAUAGUAAAUAUUUUUUUGUUAUUGUUAAUGAUAAUUUGAAUAUAAUGUUAUAGACGAGUUUACUAUAUGCAGAAUGUUUUUAU